AUGUCGUGGACCAGAGAUCAGGUAUUGACGUUGGUUGAGAUUUAUGGACACCAUAACAAUUUGUAUAAUAUAAAGUGUGCAUCUUACAAAAAUAAGCAUGCCCGACAAAGUUCUCUGGAGGCAAUUGCCAAAGAGUUGUCUGCGGUGAGACCAGGCACCACAAGUGUGGAUAUCUCAAAAAAAUUAAAUUCCCUGAGGGCGACAUAUUUGACCCAAGUCAAAAAAGUAGUGGCUGCCCUUAUAAGUGGUGCAGGUGGUGGCGAUAUAAGUAUUUUAUAUUAUAACGCAAAAAGCAAUGAGUCAGGAAGCGAAGCAGACGGAUAUGUGUCGUCCAGUGAUGAAUUCGUUCCUUCAGCAAGUGCUAGUGCUAGUAUAAGCACAAGCCAUUCUGAGGUAUCUUUAGCGAGAUCAAACACUCGUUCUGUUAGUCACUUUUUCCGAAAAGCUCAACUAUAUGACAACAAUUCUCUCGGAAAAAAAUCUUUAGAUGAAGCUCUGAUAAUGAUGAUCUGUCAAGAUUUUCAGCCAUUCAGCAUUGUGAAAGAUAAAGGAUUCAGAAAAUUUGUGGAAUUAUUAGAUUCUAGAUACAGUUUGCCAAACCCUGACACAUUAAAAACAAAUGAUUGA